AGCUGAACGGGAAGCGCAUGUGAUGCGCUCUCUUGCUAAAUAUAUAUCCUCUUGUUGACUUUCAGCAGGUCCGCUAGAGAAACACGCUUUCCUCUAUUUCUUAAUAAGCCUCUUCCCUCCCUAUCACAGUCAGCUGAAGACAGCAGCGGUCAGUGCGUCCGGGGACAUGGCAGAGGCAGAGCCCGCGAGAAAGAGGCUGAAGAGCAGCCUGCCUGUGUGCGGAUCACACCGGAGCUCCGCGGGCAGCAGCAGCCGCGCCAGACAGAACCUGUCACCCGCCGUGGAGGAGGCUGUGUGCGGCGUGUGCAGCCUGCUGUGGAACGGUGCUUACAGACUGCAGGCUCUGGCCAGUGCAUUUGAGAGGGAAGACAUCGCUCUGCCUCGCGUCGCGGCUUUCUUCCACAAGGAGGCUGUGAAACAGCAGGCCAACAUCGAGGACAUGCUUAACUACCUGGCUGAGAGGGGAGGGCAGUACUGUGGCAAGGACAUCCAGCGGCCAAAUUGUGAGGCGAUCUGCGCUCUGUUACCAGCUCUGGAGCUGCUGGAGCUCCAGCUGAAAGAGGAGGCUGUUGUGUUGGUUGACUUGAGCCAGCUGGCCCGCAAGCAUGAAGAUCCCCACACCGCCAGUGUUGUGAAGAGCCACUUCCUUACACCAAGGGUCGAUCGCAUCAAAUUGCUGGGCGACCUGCUUACCAGUGCACGUCAAGUGGGCUGCACCAUGGACGAGAAGGGUGGGUUUGGGGAGUAUAUCCUGAAUGAGCUGCAGGAAGAAUUCACCGAAUGAACCGGUGGUUUAUGCUUCUCAUUUCGCCAAUCUGAAAUAUACAGAAAUUAGACAUUUUGAGAACUUUGCUAGUUAGAGAGCAAAGUUCUAGAUAGCGUCCCACCAAGUUAGCGCAAAGAAACCAAGAGAAAACUGUUAGUAAAAGCCAUCAGCUCUACAUUCCACGAUUUACAUUACCUAUUCAAAAAUGAGCUUUUUUCUCCUGUAAACAAACUAGAGAAAGCACUCAGACAGUGCAAACCCGAUAGAUCAAGACAGAGAUGAAUGUUUAAUCGAGCUAUAGCACAAAGUAUCAGGGAGAAAACUAAAUUCUCUAGCAGGCUGCCUAAUUUGCUCUUUGUCAUUAUAUUUAUAUAAUUUUAUUAUUAUAUUUAAAAAAACAAAGCAGACAAACCAAAAACUAGACGCUGGAGGAAACAAGUCCAGUGCCACCAAAAGAGAUCCAAGCACCUUUAUCAACAACUGCAAAGAAGUUCAUACACUCAUAUGCUCCAUGAAUCAGUGUUACUGAUUUUGUUGUGUCCUUUUCAUCUUGUUCUUGAUGUAUGAUUGUCUGCCAUUAUAAGUGAAUUACUCCAAGUUUUUUGUAAAAGGUUUUUGUACUACAACAACAACAUAAGAUAUUUUCUACCCAAGCAGAAUGAAGUUUGUUUGUUUUAGAAGCCUUUGCUUUUUUAUUAUUCUUGGAUUUGUAUUUUUGAAUGGCAGCGGUUUAAAACUGGGCCUGGGCCGACAUUUUGUUUGACUGAAUUAAAACAAAAC